AUAUGAAGAAAAUAUAUGGCUUCGGGUACAAUGCAUUUUCUCAAACAAUCCCCAAUAAUCGAGAUAUAAUUAUUAGUGAACCUACUGAAAUUUUGUCUACUCGAUGUACUAAAAUAAUGUGGGCAAAUCUGACUAUGACUUUGGGGAUGGAUGUGAAUUUAAAUCCAAUUGAAUGGGGAUUUGAUGGAUUAUUAAAUGGAAUAAAAUCACCGACUUUGUCCAAUUUACCACAAAAUGUGAAAAAAUGUUUUGGAGAUGACGUUUAUGGAAUACGAGGGUUUAUUGAUCAAAAUGGAUUUUUAUAUCAAGACAGAAAAAUUAUUGAAUUAUCCACUAAAUGUGUUGACGUGGCUCAGUGCUGUACAGGUGGCGAUGUUGUUGGUAUUACUGCCGAUGGAAAAUUAUGGCAGUGGAAUGUGAGGGAAAGAAAAGAAGCCGAUGAUGAUUAUAUUCCUAAGCCAUUGGAAUUAAAUCCAAUUGAAAACGAAAUAGAAAAUAAUUUUAUUAAAGUAGUUUCUGGAGAAAAUCAUUUUCUUGCUUUAACUCGAAAUGGCGAAGUAUAUACAUGGGGGUCAGGAAGAUAUGGACAGUUAGGACAUGGCAAUCUAAAAUCAUUAAAUAGGCCAACUGUAAUUGAAUUCUUACAAGGAUUGACGGUCACAGAAAUUGCAUGUGGUGGCUGGCAUUCGGCUGUUAUCACCGAUUCACAGGAUUUAUACACAUUCGGAUGGAAUAGUCAUGGUCGAUUGGGUAUAAAUAUGUCAUCAUCAUCAGCCAUUCAGAAUGACAACAAUAAUGAAAAUGAUUAUGACAGCAACAACAACAGUAAUAGAUUAGUAACAAUAAAUCCUGCUGAACCAAAUUUGAUUGAAUUCAAUCGUGAAGAUGAUGUCGACAUGGAUAGUGACAAUGAUUUGAAUGUAUUGAAAGUUUCAUGUGGAAGUGCACAUACUGCCAUUGUUACAGAUGAUAAUCAAUUGAGAGUAUGUGGCUGGGGUAAGUAUGGCCAACAGGGUCAAGGUCCAAAUGAUUUAAAAGAUCAAUUAAAUUUUUCCAAAGUUAAGUUUAAUUUACCUCACAAUGGUAAAUUAGUUGAUUGUAUUUGUGGACGUUGGAAUACUUUUGCUAUUUUAAUACAAGAUGAAUCAUGA